CAAAAUAGUUCACUUCAUCGCAGCAGCAGCAACCGGUGCAGUAGCUGCUGCGGGCGGGUGUGGAGGUGACAAACAUGGCUCUUCCCGGAAAUAAAUAACGGGACCGGUGAAAGAUAACGUCCUAACUCAGGUGGAGGUCACAACAAAGCGAAGAAACUUGUCCCCCGGGUUUCUGUGUUGAUGUAUUUGGACCUGCCGAAAACAGUCCCGGACGUCCAGCAUUGAAGACCCCCGUCUCCCUCAGGUCCUGUUUGACCUCCUGACAGUGAGAGGAUGGUGAUGGCGGACGGAGCCCAGAGAGAAAGAGGGAGAGCUGCUCCUAGAACAGAGGGGAGGCAGAUACUUGUGGAGCUCGGCGAACAGAACUUUGAUUCCAUUUGUCUCUCUACGUAUCGCACCGCCUGCAAGCUCAGAUUUAUUCAGAAAAGAUGCAACUUGCAUCUGAUCGACAUUUACAAUGUGAUCGAGGCGGUGCGGGACGCUGGGCUGAACGCCGUAGAGCUCAACGCCGGGAUCUCCGUUACCAGACUGGAGAACCUGGUUUCCUCCCUGUUCAACCAGCUCAGCAAACGCCUUCCCACCACACACAUCAUCAACCCGCAGGAGAGCACCGUCCUCCUCGUCGAAUUCAUACUGGCCGCCGUUGACUGUGAGCCAGAGAGCCGUCUGACGGUUCUCUCUGUUAAAGCCAUGCUCUCUAUACUCUGUGGAGGGAAGCUGGUGGACAAACUGCGAUAUGUGUUUUCUCAGGUUUCUGACUCCAAGGGAGUCAUGGUUCUGUCCAAGUUUGACAGUUUUCUAAGAGAAGCUCUCAAGCUGCCCACUGCUCUGCAUGAAGGACCGUCCUUUGGAUACACACACACUGUGGCUCGCUCCUGUUUCCCACAGCAGAAACGGGUGAUGCUCAACAUGUUCCUGGACAUGGUAGCUGAGCCUCCGGAGUGUCUGGUCUGGCUGCCGCUGAUGCACCGCAUGGCCAACGUGGAGCAGGUUUAUCAUCCGGUUUCAUGCUCCUAUUGCCGUAGCAACGGGAUCACAGGCUUCCGGUACCGCUGCCUCCGUUGCCGCGGUUACCAGCUGUGCCAGAACUGCUUCUGGCGUGGAAACGCCAGCGGCUGUCACAGCAACCAGCACCAGAUGAAGGAGCACUCCUCCUGGAAAUCUCCUGCGAAGAAGUUUGGUCGCGCCCUGAGCCGGACGCUGGGCUGCGUGUCAUCAAGGGAACCGCCCCAUCCGAUUUACCCCGAGGAGCCGGAGCGGACCCUGAACCUCACCAACAUCGUCCCCUCCAGACCGAUUGGGAACACCAAUGAGGCCAUGUUGCUGUCUUCAGCGGUACCAGAGUCGUCCAAGAGCUUGGCAGCAGCGCAGAGGAUGAACGAGGAACACGCUCUGAUUGCAGCAUAUGUCAAUCGCCUGCAGAGCGGCCCCUGCGGCGUCGACAGUCCAGGCAGGCAGGAUGAGGAGCACAAACUCAUCGCUCGCUACACGUCUCGACUGGCAGAGACGGAAAACACAGGAAUGAUUCCAACAAGGAGCAUCAACUUUGAUGUGAACAAACAGAAGAGGGAGCUCAUCGCGCAACUGGAGUGCAAAAACAGAGAGAUCUUGGCAGAAAUCAAACGUCUCCGUGCCGAGCAUGACGCAGCGUGUCAGCCGAGCCCAGAACGGUGCAGCACCAACCCGGCUCUCCUCGCCGAGCUGCGGCAGCUCCGACAGAGGAAAGACGAACUGGAGCAUAGGAUGUCGUCUCUGCAAGAGAGCAGGAGGGAGCUGAUGGUGCAGCUGGAGGGGCUGAUGAAGCUGCUCAAGGAUGAGGAACAGCGACAGGCAGCGCAGGCGGCCGGUUCUUCUCACGCCUCCCCGUCUCGACCCAGCCCGUCCGCCAUGCGUCCCGUCGCCGCCCCGUCUCCGCACGCUCACAUGUACCUCCCUCAGGACUCCCUCGCCGGGGUCGGAGGUGACGUACAGGAGGCCUUUGCUCAAGGGCCGAGGAGGAACCUGAGGAACGACCUGCUGGUCGCCGCCGACUCCAUCACCAACACUGUGUCGUCGCUGGUCAGAGAGCUGCACUCUGACGAAGGCAGAGAGGAAGAGGAGCGGUUGCUGAAUGGGAAAGACAGAGCAGGUUAAAAAGCUGGCUGGGGGAAACGACGAACCGGUGUUUCAUUACGGCCAAAGACGAGGUUAAAGGUCAGCAGUGGGAGGAGCCGAUCCUCUAAUCAACCAAUCAUGAUGCUGGACACCAAACGACCACCACGGUCUCUACUGAUGUAUAGUUGUGAUUUUUUUUGUGUGUGUUUGAUCUCGCUUGAUCCAAUGGGAAUUCUGAAACCUACUGAUGAGUACUGCAGCAUGUUUAUUUGGAGGAGGAAGAAGGUGAGAGGGAGGUCGCGUCUGGAAGGAUUGUUUUAUAGAUCAGAAAGAUGAUGAUGAAGAAAAAGGGAAGUUGAAGAAGUGAAAGGUGAGCUGAUAAAGUUUGAGCACUGUGUGCUUCGUAUUUAUUGCUUUGAUUUGUUUCUUUUGUAUUCGUUCAGUUUGAGAGCUUUAUGUGUAUAUGAGAGUCGUCAGAUCCUGCUGAGACGUUUAAGCUUUAAGGGACUAAAUCCCACCAAGUUCCCUCCUAUUGUUGAGAUAAAUGUACAAAUAUGUAGACGAUGCAACUCUUCCUGAACUGUCUGGACAGAAACCAAAUAUUAGUGGUUCUAGCAUUGUGAAAGUGAACUUUAAAGGUGACCUAUUAUGCUUCUUUGAACAAGUCCGUUUCACUUUUUGCACAAAAUUAUUCUUAGAUCAUUUGUCUUGGUCAGCUCAGACUAUUUUGAGCUCCUAUUUUAGAGCCUCCUGUUACAUUAAAUCCAAGAAGCUGCUGCUGGCCACGCCCCCCACCUCAACGUUGACACUCGCACUUGAAAAUGGCUGCAAACAGAUGUGCAAUUAUACGAUCAUACAUAUUUGAAAAGCAGACGUGGAGCCUUCUGCACAACCAACAAGAAUGCAGCAAGUGGUUUCUGUAACAAACAACAAAACACUUCCAGCAGCCAUUGUUCAACACACACAGUGAUAAAACCAGUUGGGUUGCUAGGUAAUGGCGCAGUGUGACUCAGUAAUCAGGAUGUUUUUAAAAUGGCUCAUUUUCCAGACACCAAAAUACAUGAACUUAUUUCCAAACAAACUGCUGGAUGUUUUCUUUAAAGUUCUUUUGUUUUUAGAAACAGUUAAGACCCAAAUGGAAGAACAAAAACAUACAAAAUGUGAAUUUUGCAUAUUAAGUCGCCUUUAAUAGAUCAUGACUGGUGAUGUUUUCCACUUUUUAAUGAUUUUUGUCUGAAAUAAAUUGGGCUGGGCGAUAAAUCGAUUCAGUUUUUGGUUUUUGAAGAUUUAAUUUUGGGAAAAAAAUAAUAGAUUUCACCAGUGCACUCGUUGGGUUCCAUAUUUCAGAGUGACAUCUUCAUGCCCACGGCGGCCAUCUUGUUUGACAAGCUUGUUUUGCAGAUUCUAUUUGUUCUGAUUUUGAGUUCAGGUCAACUCUAUGGUGGGUUAUUAAAGCCAGCCAAAUACUUUAAAACAAUUUUUUAUUAAAUAAUAAAGUUGGAAGUUUAGCAGAACUGCAACCCAAAAAAUUAAAAAUUUAAGUUUUUCUAACAUUUUUUUGACUCAGUGUCAAAUUAUACAACUGAGUCUAUUUCAAAAACAACAACUGAUAACUGAGUGCUUUUUCUCAUUGAAUCAACUUUCUUUUUUUUUUUUUUUUUACAAAUUGUCAUUGUCUGGCCCCAAUUCUCUAUUGUAUAACUCAGAGAUCAUAGGACUGAAUUAAAGCCACUUUAUGAAAAAUAUUCAAAAUCAAAUCUGGUAUGAAAAUUUCAGAUUUUUAUUCUUAAUCCAUGUCGCCCAGCCCUAGAAACUGUUUCAGAUGGAGCCAUGAGUGCAGCUUUACUGUGUAUUCUGGUACUGCAGUCAAAGAGGAGCUAUCUGAUUUCUGUGGUGUGUGUGUGUGUUUUAUGUACAUUAUGUGUGUUAGUUUCCUCAACUGCCGCUUUCUGCAAAAGCAGCAAAAUCUGAAAUAUUUACCUUGAUAACUUGAAGAAUUACAAAAGUAUUCACACCUUUUAAACCUUAAUCUGUAAGUCAGUUUGGAUGGAAACUGUAUUGACUUUGAUUAGACCAUUUUAACACGUGGUUUCAACCCGUCCUAUUGAGGCCGGCUGUGUUUUUGGCAUCUUUGUGCUGCAGUGACUUCUUCCUCAAUCUUAUGUGUUUUAUAUUAAUGAUGCCGCCACCACCAUAUUUCUGUCUGCAUUGCAAAAACACCAAAUCCUACCAAGUUCUACCAAGUGACUUAUUUACUUAAGACAAGCUUAUGAAUCUUGUUGAAAAGUUACUUGUAAGUUUGUUUUGUCUUAUUUAAAGUGACCUAAGACAUUUAGACUAAAACUAGACCAAAAAUACUUGGUAGGAUUUUGUGUUUUUGCAGUGUGUUUUGAUUAGUUUCUGUCAAACGGUUCAGUCAGAAACGUUUGAAUGAGUUUGGAUACUUUUGUAAAACACUGUAAUUAUUUGGUCUAGAUGACUUCAUCAGAUUAGGACCCAAAUUAAAUCUAACAAUCCCUGAAAAUCA